GUCACUAACUUGAGAUUUAAGUACAGGAAAUCGUUACGAGUGCUUCUCCUCCAAUUUUCUCGGAAUUGGAACGUCCACACAAGUCUUAUUACGUCAUUCUUGUUAUUCUCGACGAGAUUCACGUUCGUGAGGUUGGCUGCUCCGCUGAUGUGUUUAGAAAGAAACAGCUGGAGGUAGCAGUAGAUAACUAACUUUCGACACUUAGCACGGUAUAUUUUCAUUUUCGAUGUGUUUCUAAUGACCCACACGGACUGCUUGGUGUUUAACAAAAUCCUUUAUGCCAUCGAGUCACUCAACGGCAGUGGGAUUGUUAUAUUUUUGGUACUCACCUGGCGACGAUAGCUGAGGAUAUAUUUAGUCGUGGACACGACUAGGAGGCAUAGAGCGAUCCUACAGCAAACAUGACGGAGGACAUGUUAGGCGCGGACAUCUGCAGGGUAUGCCAGGCAGAGGGUCUUUCUGACCGGCCACUCUUCCAUCCCUGCAUUUGUACCGGAAGCAUCAAAUGGAUCCAUCAGGAAUGUCUGCUACAAUGGAUGCGAUACUCACGCAAGGAGUACUGCGAACUCUGCGGGUAUCGCUUUUCCUUCAUGCCAGUAUACAGUCCAGACAUGCCACGGCGGUUACCUCUGAAGGAUGUCGUCAAAGGUCUGCUGUCGAGUGUCCUCACUGCGGUGAAAUACUGGUUCCAUUACACAGUAGUGGCGAUCGCUUGGCUGGGCAUCGUUCCCUUAUCUGCUUGUCGUACUUACCGAGUGCUGUUCGGCGGUUCCUUGAAUCUCGUUCGGAUAAUGUCGCUGCCGAUGGAGGUGUUUUCCCUAGAGAACGUCUCAUCUGACGUGUUCCAAGGCUGCUUUGUGGUGACGUGUACACUGUUCAGCUUUAUCGGUUUGGUAUGGCUCAGGGAACAGAUACUCCAUGCAGGAGGUCCCGACUGGCUUGAACGGGACAACGUACAACUACCACCGGCUGAGAACAGGUUGCAACCUGAGGCGAAUGUGCCACGGGUCCAAGAGGACCAUGCCUUCCAAGUACCCGAGGCACAAGAUAAUAACAAUGUUCCACCCUUCAUCGAGGAACCUCCUGUUCGGAGUGAAGAACCAAACUUAAUAGAUGGCCCGAAUCGGGGUCUGAUCGAUGAAGGAGCCUCGCCAAGUCGAGAGGGUGGUGAGGACCUGGGGGCAGAUCCUCUCUUAGUUGGUACGCCGGAGGGGCCCAACAGGCAAGGCAAUGCCUCUCCUCCAAGGGAUGAACCGGGCAUACACGCUGCCCAGGGACAGCUUCCUGCGGAUGGUGGCUGGCGAGGUCAAGCUCAAGGUCCAGGGCAGGGACAGGCAGAAGAGGCUAACUGGAACCCAAUGGAGUGGGACAGGCCUGCGGACGAACUCACCUGGGAAAGGUUGCUCGGGCUGGAUGGCUCCCUGGUCUUCCUGGAACACAUCUUCUGGGUUGUCUCGCUGAACGCCCUCUUCAUCUUGUUGUUUGCCUUUUGCCCGUACCACAUGGGUCGCUUUGCCAUCGCAGGCCUGGGACUCCAAGAGCACGCAGCAGCUUCCCACUUUGAGGGCCUUGUAACCACCCUCUGUGGUUACUGUGUCAUUGGAGUAUGUCUAGUGGUGUUGCAUACUUUGGCAGCCUUGAUGGGCUUCCACCGAUCACAACAGAUCCUUGGUCUUUGCUACGUCGUCGUCAAGGUGUCCCUGCUCUCGGUGGUGGAGAUCGGCGUGCUGCCCUUGGUCUGUGGCUGGUGGCUCGACAUCUGUUCGUUGGCCAUGUUUGAUGCCACCCUUAGGGACCGGGAGGCCUCCUUCAGCAUGGCACCAGGCACCUCGAUGUUUAUUCACUGGCUCGCUGGCAUAAUGUAUAUCUAUUACUUCGCCUCGUUCGUCCUCCUCCUCAGGGAGUUCCUCAGGCCCGGAGUGCUCUGGUUCCUGAGGAACCUCAACGAUCCAGACUUUUCGCCCAUCCAGGAGAUGAUACACUUGCCAAUUCUUAGACAUGCCAGGAGGCUCGUUUCUUCCAUCGUCAUAUUCGGUACGGUCAUCCUACUUAUGCUCUGGCUGCCUGUUAAAAUAGUUCGAUGGGCCUGGCCUGGCUUCCUGCCGUACACUGUCAAUGUCCAGAACGAAGCUCAGGUUAGUGAGCUGUCGUUGGAGCUCCUGUUGCUGCAGGCAGUGUUACCUGCACUGUUGGAGCAGUCCAAUACCCGCACCUGGUUGAAAGCAGUGGUGCGUGCCUGGUGUCGAGUUGUGGCAUGGAUGUUGGAUCUGCGGUCCUACCUGCUCCAGGACCCGAGCUUCGAUCCAGGCCCAGCAGUCGUCGAAGAGGCUCACCACCAGGGUCUCGGAGUAGCACACCAUGCCCUGCUUCAGAGGGGACAGGGCUCCUCGAAUUUCUUGCCCUACGUCAGGCCUCGAUGGUUCCCAGCCCGCCUUAUUGCUCUGCUAGUCUGCGUCUGCAUUACCCUUGUCGCUGUCAGUCUCGUCAUGAUGACACUUCCAAUUUGGAUUGGACGCAGAAUCAUGGCUUUGUGGAUGGUCGGUGCUCCGGCGCCCUCACCUCUCAUCCUGCUGCCCGACCUCUCCAACAACAAUGGCGGCGAGAACGUGUCAGCUCUCUCGGGGAGGGUGCACGAAGUGUAUACGGUGGCUUGUGGUACAUACUUGUGCUGGGCCCUGGCUCAAGGUCUGGCUCUGGCCUUUUCUUGGCUGCCGAGGGGUCGGCGUGCCAUUCUGGAUAGAAUCAAGCACUGGGCAGUCCUCGGACUGAAGGCCUCCGUAGCGAGCAUCCUUCUUGUCGGGGUCAUUCCCCUGCUCUUUGGUCUUCUCCUUGAGCUCGUGGUGAUAAUACCCUUGCGCAUCCCCCUGGAACAGACGCCAAUCCUCUUUAUCUGGCAGGACUGGGCUCUCGGAGUGCUCUACACAAAGAUAGCCACUGCAGUGACGAUGAUGGGCCCUGAGUCGAAGCUUCGAUUGGCCAUCGAGAAGGCCUACAACGAUGGGAUCAGAGAGAUGGACCUGAAGUUUGUAGUGACGGAACUGGCAGCCCCUGUUAUCUGUUGCUUCGGCUUGGCCCUGGCGGUUCCAUACGCUAUGGCGUAUGGCAUCUUGCCUCUCCUGGUCUCUAACCUCCAAACCCAGAUCCUCAUUGCCCGCAGGCUCUAUCCCUUCCUCCUGCUGGUCAACGUCGUCUUUGUCGUGGUCAGCUUCCAGAUCAGGCAGUUCCACAAACUGUACGAACACAUCAAGGACGACAAAUACCUCGUCGGCAAACGACUCGUCAAUUAUGAGCAUCGCAGCAAACCGCAACAACAAUCGCCGCAACAACCGCAGCAACAGCAAUCGACCUAACAUCUACGUCAAGCCAUUCCUCCAGAUACGCAGAGGCGAAGUGGAACUGGCUGACAGGAGGGAAUUGUGGAUCAAAUCAGGGGAAGACUGUCAUCUCGGUCUUUGUCUUGCAACCUGUGCGUGCCCUUCGAAGCUACCACCAGAGCCGACGGCAUAUUGCGAAGAACCGGUGGAAUUGAGUUGGAGAUUGCCCUGAUGGACGUCUACUUGGUGCCUCCUGGGAUUCGUUUACGGUGAAUUAUUCUUCAUCGGAGAGGUACGGGAUAGAUGUUUGUGUGGAUGAGAUGCACCGAGGCGGGUUAUGACUUCCGAGGGACAGAAGACCAUGUCGGGGCAAGAACGUUUUGACAUUAGGACAAAUUCGUUGAGUGUAAUGGUCGUUGCGAUGGAAGGUUACCUCCUCGUUAUGUUCACCUGCGGAGUCAUCGAAAGUAUUCUGCUUGGUUGGUGAGUCACUUCCCUGGUAUUUUGGGAUUUAAUACAUAGGAGCUCUUACAAUGCUGCUAUACCAUUCAUCAUGCGGUAGGAUCAAUUUCCCUGAUGUAGGGAAGUGUUUUUUUCGCGGUCAUCGGGGAGCUUAACAGCAAAGGACGGAUUUUCGAAGGCGAGCUCAAGGAUGACGUUGAAAAGGGUGAAUUUGUUAAUGAGUUGAAAAUCAUGAGGAAGGUUCUGGAAUUUGUUUCAUAAGAAUUGUGUCACAUCUGCCAGCAAUGUGGAUUUUAAAUAUCUCCGCUGAUUAGCUCGCUCUUAGGAAAUCUGUCACUUUCUUGUCACAGUUAAUACGAUUCCUGGAAAUCUUAAAUAACGUACAGUAUGUUAGAGAUACAAGUUUCAUUGACUUUAUUCCUUCCUCUUAACUCGACACAAUUGCGCGUGUACAUCUGCAUACGUAUCAUUGCGAUCCAUCGCUGUUUCUUCGAGUCUUUGAAUCAACUAAACUUUCUAAACAAAUGUGUUCAAAGAGAACGUGGUCAUCCACAGCAAGAGUGCAAUACUGCAGAGGUUACGCGUUAUGUCGGGGAAAGAUGAGUAAAUUAAAAGAAUUAAUGAAUAAGCGAGAGUAAACAAGCGGUAAUUCGAGGUUGUGGCGUGGCAUCGAGGAUCCUUGAGGCUGCGGUUCAUAGACAUCGCUGUGUAAUCACAAAUAACGAAAGAGAGGCGCUGUAACGGAGAAAAAAAAGGAAAAUGUGCAGCGCAUAACAUAGCAUAAACCUGGACUGUGACGUGCGAUGUAGAGUUUUCUUCUUGUUAAUAAACGACUUGACAUAUAGUUUUACUUCUGCGUUCCGGCAAGUCGAUCUUUUAAGUUUGACGGAUGUUACGCAGAUCAGUUAGCUCUUCUAAGAUUUUUCUCUACAGUCCUUAGAGAACUGUCUUCUCUCAUGUUACAUUUAAAAUGCUUGGAAUGCUCCCAUAUUGUAAUAUAAAUAUAUAAAUAUUUAUAAUACUCAUUACAAUGGGCGGUAUUGUUGGAGAAAUGUUUUAACAAAUUUCUGCUUGGGAUUAGUAAUCUUGAUAGACGUCUGACUAAAUGCACAAUGAUCACUUCAUUCGGUGAUUGCGAGUAUUAAAAUUUUCUGCAUUAACGUUAGUACCUGGAACAUGUAAAUACAUACAGAGGUUGUUUUAACCAAAUAUAUUUUAUCGUAUCCAGGGAUCGCACUUCAGGUAAAAUUUUUAAACCAUUAUCACAUCGCAGGUUAUGUAAUUGGAAGAAAUAAAUACUUCAACGUUAAGAG